GCAAACGAAUAUGCCUUUGCAUGCCGUGUGAACACGUGUUAUACUAAGUGCAAAUAAUAAUCACAUGGCAAAAUUAUUUUUAUUCCAAUCAUUUUAAAUCUCCAUUAAUAGAUCAGAGCUCAAUCUGUGAGGUACUCACAGCUCAGAACGGAACAAUUUUUUAGAACAGAAAUGAUUUUUGAGAUCCUGAUUUUAGUUCCAUUACUUGCUUUGUUUAUUUGCAAAUGUUAUAACCACUUCAAUAAAGAUUACUACAUACUAAGCUUGUGUAAAAGACUUCGCACUGAAGAUGGAAGCCCUCUUGAGGACAGGAUUUAUAUAACGCCAACGAAAACCAGAUACGGAAACAACUUUGACUUGGUGAGCUUCACCCCCACCAGCAUAUUCAACUUUAUGAGAAAUGCUUCUGCGGAAGGCAAAGGUCGGAAUUAUCUGUGGUAUUUUUUUCGUGCACCAAUGUAUAAUGUUGUGAGGGCAGAAGAAGCCGAGGAGAUAUUUCAAAAUCCCAAGCUUAUCACCAAAAAUAUGGUCUAUGAGCUUCUGAGACCAUUCUUGGGAGAGGGACUGCUGAUUAGCACAGAUCAAAAAUGGCACUCGAGAAGAAAGGCAUUGACUCCCGCUUUUCAUUUCAAUAUCUUACAAUCUUUUAUGGUCAUAUUCAAGGAAGAGUGCGAUAAACUCGUGAAGGUCCUUCAUCAAAGUGUGGAUAAGGAAUUACAGCUGAACGAUGUUAUUUCUCAAUUUACUCUAAACAAUGUUUGCGAAACUGCACUUGGCGUAAAACUAGAUGAUACUACAGAUGGCUUGAGAUAUCGACAGUCGAUUCACAAUAUUGAAGCAGUCAUGCAGCAACGCCUUUGUAAUCCCUUCUUCUAUAACGCUGUGUAUUUCUAUCUGUACGGAGACUAUAGAAAGCAGAUGGAUAAUCUGAAAAUAGCCCACGACUUUUCCAAUCGCAUUAUCGAGAAGAGGAGGAGUCUCUACAAGAGCAAGCAACUUGACCAAGUUGACGAAUUUGGCAAGAAGCAAAGAUAUGCGAUGUUGGAUACUCUUCUAGCAGCCGAAGCAGAAGGUCAAAUCGAUCAUCAGGGAAUCUGCGAUGAGGUCAACACCUUUAUGUUCGAGGGAUACGAUACCACUUCAACCUGUCUUAUUUUUACCUUGCUAAUGUUAGCUCUACAUGAAGAUAUCCAAAGGAAAUGUCAUGAGGAGAUUGAACAUCUCCCCGAGAACAGCGACGAAAUCACUGUAUUUCAGUUCAAUGAACUUGUGUACUUGGAAUGCGUGAUCAAGGAGUCUUUAAGGUUGUUCCCCUCCGUUCCCAUUAUUGGACGUAGAUGCGUGGAGGAGGGAGUGGUGAAUGGUUUAAUCGUGCCCAAGGAUACGCAAAUCAACAUUCACAUCUACGACAUCAUGAGGGAUCCUCGGCACUUUCCAAACCCAACAACAUUCCAACCAGAUCGCUUUCUUCCCGAAAAUACAGUGGAUCGUCACCCUUUUGCAUUUGUUCCUUUUAGUGCUGGUCAAAGGAAUUGCAUAGGACAGAAGUUUGCAAUCCUGGAAAUCAAAGUUCUUUUGACUGCAAUUAUCAGGAAUUUUAAGAUAUUACCCAUUACCUAUCUUGAAGACCUCAUCUUUGAGAAUGGAAUAGUACUACGCACCCAACAAAAUGUCAAGGUUAAAUUGAUGCGUAGGGAAGGGAAUGGCAGUCCAUUGGAGAGCAAAGUGUUCGUAACUCCGGGAAAAACGCGGUUUGGAAAUAAUUUCGAUAUUCUAAACUUUACGCCAGCAAGUCUUUUUACAUUUUUACGAGAGUCCGCUGCCAAAGCUAAGGGUCAAAAUUAUCUGUGGUAUUUUCUAUUUGCUACCGAGUACAAUGUGGUUCGAGCGGAAGAAGCUGAAGAGAUAUUCCAGAGCACCACGCUUUUGUCCAAGAACAUGGUUUACGACAUGAUGAAGCCAUUUUUAGGUGAUGGCCUACUGAUAAGCAAAGAAACCGCAUUAGGUGUAAAAUUGGAUGAUAUGUCUGAAGGCAAUGAAUAUAGAGAGGCCAUCCACUCCCUCGAAGACAUUUUGAUACAACGCGUGUGCAAUCCACUGAUGUAUUACGACUGGUAUUUCUUCCUGUACGGAGAUUAUCGCAAGCAUUCUGAGAAACUUCGGAUAGUUCAUGAUUUCUCAAGUCGGAUUAUCCAACGCAAAAGGCAGCAGUUCAAGCAAAAACAACUUGGACAAGUGGAUGAGUUUGGCAAGAAGCAAAGGUACGCGAUGUUGGAUACUCUUUUAGCAGCCGAAGCAGAAGGUCAGAUCGAUCAUCAGGGAAUCUGCGAUGAGGUCAACACCUUUAUGUUUGGAGGAUAUGACACCACAUCCACCUGCUUAGUCUUCACUCUGCUCAUGUUGUCCCUGCAUGAGGAUGUUCAAAUGAAAUGUUUUGAGGAGAUCCAAACUCUUCCCGAGGACAUUAAUGAGAUCACUGUGUUCCAGUUAAACGAACUUGUCUUUUUGGAGUGUGUGAUUAAGGAAUCGCUGAGGAUGUUUCCACCAGUUCCUGUCAUUGGACGCGAAUGCAUGGAGGAGUGUGUGGUAAAUGGAUUGGUCCUGCCCAAAGGCACCCAAGUCAGCAUCUCCAUAUACGACAUUAUGAAGGAUCCCCGCCACUUCCCCAAACCAAAUCAAUUCCAACCCAAAAGAUUUCUGCCUGAAAACACUGUGAAUCGUCAUCCAUUUGCCUUUGUGCCUUUUAGUGCAGGUCAAAGGAAUUGCAUUGGACAAAAAUUCGCAAUCCUCGAGAUAAAGUUACUCCUGGCUACAGUUAUCAGGAAUUAUAAGUUGCUUCCCAUUACUCAGUUGGAGAAUCUUACUUUUGAGAACGGAAUUGUACUGCGUACCAAGCAAAAUAUCAAAGUGAAAUUAGCUAAAAGGUCAAAGGGUGAUCAAUAAAACUAUUUUAUUUCUUUUAUUUCCCCUUA